AUGGGCAGUGGCUCCGGGAAGCCCUAUAGGUUUCUGUACACCAGCCCCACCGAGCUCCCAGCGGGGCAGGAGGGGGCUGAAGCCUCUGGCCCUCCUGACUCCCUCCCCAGGACCUCCAGGCCGCCAACUCCAAGACUUAGCCUAGCAUCCAAGCUGGCCUAUUCCCUUCCCAUCAACUCGCAGGAACACUCGUCCACCUCCUCCCAGAAUCCAGACAAAGACGAGCCCAGACAGCCGGCCCUCUCGGUGGCCCCUCAGAGUUCCCGGCUGCUCCACAGCCUGGGGAAGCAACACUGA